AUGGGCCCUCCCGAUGAAAACGGGCCCGAUGGCUCAUCCAUUAAACCGGUCUCUUCUCUGCGGGCUCGCUUCGAGAACAUGAGCAAGACCACUCCCGACUCCCUUCCCAGCCAAACGACUCCGGCUUUGCCUCCGCUUCCCAGCCGCUCCAUCUCGCCGGGACCCAAGCCAGAACGACUUCGCGAUGCUGUUGCCACGCCGACAAAAUCAAACCGGCUGUCCUACACGCCGCUCCCGAAACCGAAGCCGGCCGUCAUCUCGACUGCACAUUCUCAGGCCCCCGACAGCCUCAGUACUCUCAGGCCCUCCUCCGACCGCAUCGGUCUGCCGCCACCGCUCAGCCCACGGCCCAUCCCUCCUCCGUCUCUGCUCGUUCAGCCUCCUCAGUCUCCGCCCAAGGGACGCGCCAACCACAUCGCUUCCGCGUCCAACGUCGAGCCGAGCACCUUUUUGAAUCCGGACGCCGUCAAAAAAGGACCGCUGUCGCCCUCCUCGUCGCCACGUCCGUACAAAAUCCCAAGCCGGCCAAUCACCCCCAGCAAUGCCCUGGAUCUGCUCAAGUCACCACGACCAUCUCCGUCACGGGCCCCGUCGCCACCGCCGCCGCGUCGCUCAGCCGAGCUGAAGCGCGAGCGUGAGCGCGAGCGAGAGAAGGACGGUGUGCAUCAUGCAGCAUCAGCAUCAACAUCAGCACUAAUACCAGCAUUCGCAUCUGCAUCUGCAUCUGCAUCAGUACGACCAGUGCCACCUUCUAUUGUGGGCCGUGCCGACAAGCCCAAGAUCCCAUCCCAUCACAUAUCCUAUUCCACCGUCGAGUCUGGCUCCCUGUCUGACGGCAGCAAGAGCGUCGCAGACAGCCGCUCGCCCUUUAGCAGUCCACCCAGCAGCUCAGACAGCCAGCUCGACGACCAGCCACCCUCACUCCCCAUGCGGCCCCGACAACAGGUACAGAUGCAGGCGCAGCAGCCUCCGCCACGACCAAAGGUGGCCGCCACAGCUCCGCGCACUUUCGAACCACCCCCGGUACACCACGCCGUGGUCAACCGACGCAUGGGACGCGAGCAGGAAGCGCCUGCCAACGGGUCAUCACGGGGACCAGUUUCGUCCAUGGGGCCACCACCGCUGCCAUCACGUCCGCAGAAUAACACCGAGACGAUCAUGCGAAGCCACAGUUCCGUAUCCUCACGGUCCCGUCCAUUAAUCAACACACAUCACGUCGGCGGCAGCAUCUCCUGCGGCAUCUCCAGCGGCAUCUCCAGCGGUAUCAACAGCCUCGACUCAUCCGGCCUGUCGUCCGCGCAGAAGAGAGUAGUCUCGAAUCCAACCUCCUCGACCCAGCAAUUCCACCCCCCGCCCUCGCGGGCGCGCCACGGCCGGUCCAUGACGGUAGACAGGAACGGCGGCCGGGUACCAGACGACACGCGCACACCACCGUCCUCUUCGACUUCCCUGUCGACGUCGGUUUCGGCGUACGAGGGCACGGCAAGCAUCCGCAGCGCCAACACAGAUGGGGCUGAUAGCCUGAUGUCGCCGUCAACUUCGACAAGGUCGACCGAGAGCCCAGCAAUCACGUUUCCUGACGCAGCCAACGUCAACCGGCGGCCGGCGUACGCUAAGCAAGGCGUGGCCGAGGUCAAUGCGCGGUCGGACUGCCGGGUGUUUGACGUUUGCGGGGAGCUGGUCUGCACGACGGGUCACUUCACGCGGGUGUGGACGCUGAUGGACGGCGAGCUGCUGCUGAGUCUGGCACACGGUGAGAACGUGCGGGCAACGGCGAUUGCGUUCCGGCCGGGAGCACACGUAGACGACGAGGCGACACACCUGUGGAUCGGCAAUGCGGGUGGCGAGCUGAUGGAGGUCGACCUUGCGGCACAGUGCAUCGUGGCCAGCAAGCCGGGGGCGCACAACCGGCACGAGAUUGUCAAGAUCCACCGGCACUUCAACGAGCUCUGGACGCUGGACGACGGCGGAGCGCUCUAUGUGUGGGGGCCGGACGAGGACGGCGGCGUGCCCAGCCUGGGCGGCAACCAGCACCAGUCGUAUCGGGUGCCGCGUGGCCACACGUUUUCGAUGGUGGUGGACGACGAGCUGUGGCACGCGGUUGGCCGAGAUCUGCGGGUAUUCCUGCCGACGAUGGACGGCAGUGCGCAAUUCCAGGUGUCGGCGCGGGCGAUGUGCCUAGAGGGUGCGGGCGAGAUCUGUGCGGGCACGACGCUGGUGUCGGACGACGACCGGGUGUUUUUUGGCCACGCAGACGGCAAGGUCAGCAUCUACUCGCGGCGGGACUACUCGUGCGUCAGCAUGGUCAGCCUGGGGUCCUACAAGGUCAACACGCUGCAGGGCGCGGGAUCGUACAUCUGGGCGGGCUUCAACACGGGUCGGAUGUGCGUGUACAAUCCGGGGAGGUCGUCUGCGGAGCCGUGGGCGGUCAAGAAGGAGUGGCAGGCGCACGAGACUCCGGUAGUCAAGCUGCUGGCCGACCGGGCGAGCGCAUUCCGCACAGGACAGCUGCAGGUGGUGUCGCUAGGGGCGGACAACCUGCUGCGAAUCUGGGACGGGCUGCUGCAGGACGACUGGACGGAGGAGAUGAUGCAGGACCGCGACCAAACGUACUGUGACUUUGACACGCUGCGCGGACAGGUGAUGACGUGGAACGCAGGAGCAUCGACGCCCAGCACGUUGCGAUACGCGGAGGACGAUGCAAGGUUCAUGCAGGACUUGCUGCAGAGCAGCGAGUCGCCCGACAUUCUCGUGUUCGGGUUCCAGGAGCUGGUGGACCUGGAGGACAAGACGGCGACGGCGAAGCGCUUCCUCAAGCCGAAAAAGAAGGAGGGCGCAGACCAGGAGCGGAUGAGCCACCAGUACCGCGACUGGCGCGACUUUCUGGUGCGCAGCCUGGACGACUACGUGGCAGGCGAGCUGUACCACCUGCUGCAGACAGCACACAUGGUCGGGCUGUUCACGUGCGUGUUUGUCAAGGCGGACUUGCGGGGACGGAUCCGCGGCGUGGCGAGCACGGAGGUGAAGCGCGGCAUGGGCGGACUGCACGGCAACAAGGGGGCGAUCGCGGUGCGAUUUCUGGUGGACGACACGUCUCUGUGCCUGGUCAACUGCCAUCUGGCAGCCGGACAGUCGCAGGCGGCACACCGACACAACGACAUUGCGGCGAUCCUGGAGAGCGAGUCGCUGCCGGUAGAGCGAGACCUGGCGGCGCGGAUCGACAACUUUGUGGGGGGUGGCGACGGCAGCAUGAUCCUGGACCACGAGCUGUGCGUGCUGAACGGCGACCUGAACUACCGGAUCGACACGAUGUCGCGCGACACGGUGGUGGCAGCAGUGCGGGCAGGCAACCUGACAAAGCUGCUGGAGCGCGACCAGCUGCUGGUGGCACGACGACGCAACGCGGCCUUCCGGCUGCGGGCCUUUGAGGAGCUGCCCAUCACAUUUGCGCCGACAUACAAGUACGACGUCGGCACGGAUACCUACGACACGAGCGAGAAGAAGCGCAGCCCGGCCUGGUGCGAUCGGCUGCUCUUCCGGGGUGGUCGAGCGUCCCGUGUGCGUCAGCUGGACUACCGGCGGCACGAGGUGCGCGUCAGUGACCACCGGCCGGUGACGGGGCAGUUUGCCUUUACGGUCAAGCGGGUGGAUGCGAAGCGGAGGGCCGUAGCCUGGAUGGAGAGCCAGCAGCUGUUUGAGGAUCACCGGGAUCAGGUUCUGGAUACAGAGAGGCUGCAACAGGACUACGUUAGCCCCGACAACACCGGCAUGUGGGACAUACGCCAGACAAUCGAGGUCGCCGAGAUGGUGUCCGCAGAAGAUCUCGAGCAAUCCCACCACGUCUUCAACGGUGGCUUCCACAACCGCAUCACCUACUACCUGCUGGUGCGGCUCUACUCAGGCUUCCUGCACCCGCCACUGCAGCUACAAUACGGCGUCAAGUGA